AUGGAAUACCAAUCUUCGGUAGAAAAUUUGGAUGAAGAUGGAUAUACUCAAUUAGACUUCAGCUCUCGCAGCAUCACCAGGAGAUCUGUAGUCUCAGAGAAAGGGCUUUGUGCUGCAUCCUCUCGUUGGCGUCUGAUUGCUGCGACUCUGGGCAUUUUAUGCUCAGUGCUGCUGGUGAUAACUGUGGUCCUGAGUACCUUGGGUAUUUGGAGAUCCAGUUCAGGGAACAACCUGUUGAAGAGUGACAGCUUUCCAUCAAGAAAUAAAGACAACCAGAGUCAACCCACACAAUCAUCUUUAGAAGAUAGUGUGAUACCUACCAAGGCUCUCACGACCACAGGAGUUUUCUCUAGCACUUGUCCCCCUAACUGGAUCACACGUGAAGAUAGCUGUUAUCUAUUUAACACACUAUUAGAUUCCUGGGAUGCAAGUAAAAGACGAUGCUUUCAACUGGGCUCUAAUCUUCUGAAGAUAGACAGCUCAAAAGAGUUGGAUUUUAUAUCAAGGCGAGUGUCUUCCCAGCCUGAUCAUUCAUUUUGGAUAGGGCUUUCUCGCCAUCGGACAGAAGAACCAUGGCUCUGGGAGGAUGGCUCCACCUUGUUGUUUAACCUGUUUCAAAUCAGAAGUACAGUUACUGAAAAAGACUCGUCUCACAACUGUGCAUGGAUCCAUGUGUCAGACAUUUAUGACCAACUUUGUAGCGUGCAUUCAUACAGUAUUUGUGAGAAGAAGUUGUCAAUAUAA